UCGGCUCGGUUGGCUGGCGUGCAACGCGUGCGGGGACUGCGGGAGAAGAUGACGACUCUGCCCAGUGAUGUGGAAAGGGGCGCGGAAGAUGAUGGCUACGGGCUGCCACUCAACGGCUACGAGCGGAUGAUGGACGGGAGGCUGAGGUGCAAAUUCUGCGACUACACGUGCAAGGACAUCAGGCGUCUGGAGGAGCACAUGAGGACACACACAGGAGAGAAGCCAUUCCGAUGCCACCUGUGCCCCUUCGCCUCUGCGUACGUGCGCCACCUGGAGGCGCACACGCACUCGCACACGGGGGAGAAGCCCUACAAGUGCAACCUCUGCUCCUUCCGCUGCGGCGACCGCAGCAACCUGUCGCACCACCGGCGCCGUCGCCACGAGGCUUCGGGGUCGGCGCCGUGGGGUCUCCGGGGAGGAGGUGGAGCCCGGGGCCGGAUGGCGCCGGGGCAGCCGGGGCUGGGCUCGGUGGGGUUCGUCCACAGGACCCACCGUUCGCCGCAGAUCAGCUUGUGCCAUCGACUCGCCGGCCACGGUGGAGGGCAGUGGGCUGGCACCAAGUGCACCAGAAGCGUUUUGAACGUGGCGAGUGUGAGUUGCACGUCCGACGCCGUGGGGACAUUUGGCAGUGGCGACAUGACCCCUGACCUGCGACGGGACGGUUUGAUUUCAGAUGGUGGGGCUGCUGCUGCUGCUGCCCAUCUGUUGGACGGGCGUCCGCUUGGCCAGCCAUCCAUGUCUGUGGAGCACAUCUCCGGUUUGGGGUUGGAAGUGGAUUGUGGGUCUCGUGCUGUGCGAAUCGAGGAAUGUAGCCAGAAAGUGAUCUGUUGGAAGACUGGCAGGAUCAUUGAUGAGGUGGGCUAUGGAAAUGAUUAUGGAAUAAUUCACAGUGACACUGAAGAGCACAUUCAGGGAUACAACACUGAUGAUUUGGCAUCGCAAAAGAAAGAUAAGCAAAUACAAAGAAAUUCACACAACCUGGAGGCACUGUCUAAAAGCCCCGUGAUUGCAUCCUCGUACAGCCUUACUCAGCAAUCCCCAAAUCAAUCUCACCCGGAAAAGCAACCACAGCAUCAAACACACAGAGAGCCACGUUGCCAUUCACAAUCCGGCUCGCCCCACACAUCUUCAUCAUACACAGGCAAGAUGGAGCCAGCAGAGAAUGGCAGCGAGUGCUCAACAUCAUUGCACAGGCCAUCGAGCGACAGGGAAAUCAUCAUAAAAGGCAACACGCCAAGGAGUCGCAGCAGCAGCAGUAGUAGCAGCAGCAGCAGUGCAGUCAUCUUGUCUGUGCCCCACGUGUCCAGGUCCGUCCUUCCAAACUCCCACUCCUCACUUAGGUUUCCUGGCCCAGGAACUGGAGCCCCAGUGGAUGGCCACACGUGCCCACACUGUGGCAUAUGGUUCCCAGACAAUGUGCUCUUCACCAUUCACAUGGGCUGUCACGGUCACGACAACCCGUUCUGGUGCAACUUGUGCGGGCGCCGCUGUCACGACCGCUACGACUUCAACUGCCACUUUGCACUUGGGCAGCACAGGCGGUGAGUGGAGGUCGCACGCGCCCUGCACAGCAGGGAGCAAUGGCAAGGGGACCUGGGCAUGCACCCAGGUUGUGAAUAAUCGCCUCCUUUCUCCAGUCCAAUGCAAGAACGUCCCCAGCUUCAACCUUCCCAGGAAAGCAAUGGCCAAUGUUGAUUCGCAUCUGAACAUCUCAAGUUACGGAGGCAAGACCUGUCCCUUCCAACAAAAAGGGCCUGGGUUUGAUUCAUGACUGGUGUCUUUUUGUGUGGAGUUUGUAUUUCCCACUGUUCUGCAUGGGUUUCCUCUGAUUUAUCCAGUUUCCUCACAUAGCUACAAAUAUUUACAAUGCAAUUGAUAUUGACCGAACAUCCAAAUACUUGCAAAUUACUCCAUUUGGGUUACACACCGCGACAUCGCCCCCUACUGCAAAAAAAAAACGUGGCAGGAGCCUUUUGAAAAAAGUAUCUUGAGGCUUUCCCCCCAAGAUCAUUCAACGAGAGAACUGAAGCCAUUCACUCAGCCCUGCUCAAGCCAUUCACUGGCUCUCUAAUCCAACUCUAAUCAACAUGAAAAAUUGUGACAUGAAGAUGUUGUCCAAAGCAUAUGGUCAUGACCAGGGGUCAGUAAAAAACCCCUCAAUAUUUCAAGAGCCACAAUGCAUGUGAUUACGAGACGGUGGCCCUGAAUAAGUAACGGUCUUUUUGCGAACAAAUUGAUCUCAGUUCAAAUUGCUUGUGAAAGUGAAUUGUCAUAGAAAAAAACACUUGUUAAGCAAGACAAGCCUGUAUUUAUGAAUGAGUUUGGAAUCCAAAGCGUUAUAUGUAGCCUUUUCCAUUAAAUCAAAAAUAUGUACAUAUUAAUGUUUCAUAUAUGCCAUUGCUAUGAUAUAUGCGCAUAUUCAGAUAUGUUGCACAUAUUUAUAUAUGAAUGCUCAUAUGAUCUUGUGUUUUUUUUCCCACAAAGCAAUGGCAACAAUAAUUCAGGGCGUUUGAGGACAUGUGUUAAAGUAUAUCAAGAGGAUUACUUCUGCGGAGUUGGAGUGAUGAGAUCAAUGAACAAGAGAUAGACUGUGACGUCAAAGUACCAUGUGGGAUAUCGAGGGGAGGUCUUCAUCCAGCAUGAUGGUGAUGAUGGUUGAUAAAGUAUGCUUUGUGUGUGACUUGUAAGUUGUCUUUGCAGAACCCCCCUGUUAAACAUGUACGCUCAUGUUUAUCAUUGAUCGUCCUUCGUUCACCACUGGAUGCAUUUCUCCACAUGCCAUAUCAGCCAAGAAAAUAGUUUGGCCAUACUUCACCACACUGGUCGGUGUGGGUUGGUGAUUGGGGGUUUUGGGGGCAGGACGGUUUCAAAUAUUACUUGCCACUGAUAUUGGCCGUGGCCUGGAAUCCAACGCGGGUUGCUGGGUUCAUAACACAAUGCACUAACUCAUGUGCCAUAACCCCUUGCAUGUUUACAACCCCCGAAUUUGGCAGGAGACUCGCAUUCAUUAUCCCUGUGAUCUAGGGAGACCGAACCUCCCGUAUUUUGAUAUCUUAACAUCGCCACCAGCCACCACUCUCCCCGUGUAAACAUGGACGUAUGCUUACACAAAUGUUUUGUUCUUCAGAAAGAUUUGAAGCACAUUCUUGCUGCAUUAGGGCUGUGUAGGGCAUAAUUGUGCAUAAUCGUAUUGACAAAUACAACUUACACGGGUAAUGUUUCUACAUGGGCAUAGAUGGUUAAACUUCUUAAAAUUAUGCUUGAUUUAAAAAUAAAACAUUAUUACGAGUCAAAAAUUCAACGAAUUCUGAGUUUUAAAACAUACUCUGAAUCCAAGUCCCGGGCUUUGCCUGGCCGCCUUUGUCUCCCUAGUGGCAAUGUUCACACACCACACGAGUUUCCCGUUUGAGGCUGAGUCGACCUAGGGGAGGCCCAGGACCAGUUCAAAUAAUCGUCACCGGUGGUGGCCCGUGUGCGGAAAUUUAACUCAGUUCGUAGCGCAGCGCGCUAACCAGGACACUACCGCUCCACACACAAACGCGCGCGCGUCCAUAGGUACACAUACACGCGCUUGCUGCAGACACACGCAACUUUCAGGGUGCGUACGGCAGUAAACGACUGAAAUCAUCAAGCAAUGCUGCGCGAAGAACGCCAUAGACCUGCAACACAUUUGUAAUUUCCACACGGGUCACAUGACUGAUGUGACGUCACAGCUCACUUGCCGUGCAAAAUAUAUGCAUUAUGCCGCCCCC